AUGAUGCAAGCAGCAGCGAAUAUUCCGGUGGUUUGGAAUCUUUCGCUUCGUGGGUCAUCUUCUAAAGUCCAAAUACUGAACCCUAAACAUCGAAAGGCUCAUGCGAUUCAUUGUUUGAGAUCAGAAGAGUUUGAGAAUCGUCAGGAAAAUGUUGAACUGUCAUCUUCUGUUAUAAAAGAAGCAAAACAUAAGGACAUAUGGAACCUCUUUAAAGAAGCUCAACAAAAUAUCCUUUUCUUAAACAAGCAACGAGUAGCUGCAGUUAAAGAGUUAGAGAAGGUGAAAAAAGAGAAAGAUGAAUUACUAGAGAGGAUAAACCAAUUGGAAGCAGAGAGUCAGAUCAUAAUCAAGAAAGACAAGUCGUCUAUAUUCUGGGAGUUGCUUCUUCGUAUUGAUUCUAUGGUGAUCAAUGGAUUAAUUGGGAUCGAAGAAGCUUCUUCCAUGAGAAAGCUUGUUAGGGAGCAUGAAGUGAAUAUCUCUGAGUUUCCUCUUGAUGUUCUGCAACAAGGAGAUGCCGAAGUUCUAGCAGAACUUAGACGGUUCCCAAAUGAAGGCAAAAGGAAUGGUCUCCACGUGAUUCAUAUAUGCACCGAGAUGGCUCCAUUAGUUUCUGUUGGACCUUUGGCUUCAUAUAUUACAGGAUUGUCUUGUGCACUCCAAGAAAAGGGUUACUUGGUUGAGAUUAUAUUGCCCAAAUAUUCUACACUUGAUUUGGACGAAGUUGAAGGGCUCCGGGAAAUCGAAGCUGACACAUAUUCUUAUUUUAAUGGUCAGCUCCAUGCAAACCGAAUAUGGAAUGGAGUUGUCUCUGGAAUAGGAGUGACGCUUAUUCAACCGUUGUAUUACGUGUCAAUGUUUAGCCGUGAUAAAGUAUAUGGCUAUCCGGACGAUGUUGAUAGAUUUGCCUACUUUUCUCGUGCUUCGUUGGAUUACAUUGCAAAAUCUGGAAAGCAGCCUGAUGUGUUACACAUUCACAACUGGCAAACCGCAAUAGUUGGACCGCUGUUUUGGGAUGUUUUUGUUAAUCAGGGGCUUGAAGGUACUAGAGUACUCUUGACAUGCCAUGACUUUGACUCAAAGUGUCUUGUGCCUCCUGAGAAGUUGGAGUUAUGUGGGCUUGAUCCAGCUAGUCUUCAUCGUGUUGAUCGCUUACAAGAUAACACGAAUCCACAAGUGGUUAAUAUUUUGAAGGGUGGUAUCGUCUACUCGAACAAAGUUGUAAUAAUGUCAUCCUCACAUUCUGAGGGAAGGACAUUCCCUCAUAAAUCAAUCCCUGGUCUCGAACAAACUUUAGCUGUUCACAAGGAGAAAUUGUUUUUUGCUCCCUUUGGAUUGGACAACUCAACAUGGGAUCCUUCAAGAGAUGUGUAUCUCCCUGAAAACUACAGUGUUGAGGAUAUACGGGGAAAAUCAAUCUGCAAAGUCGAAUUGCAGCGUCAACUCGGUCUAGUGGAGGAUGCUUCAAUCACCAUUGUAGGGUGCAUCUUCUCAGAGAUAUCAGAUGUUGAUCAUGAAAGCUUGAAGUCGCUUGUUCGGAGUACAAAAAAGAAUGAUGUCCAGUUUGUUAUAAUGUUAACGAAUGAAGAUCAGAUGAUAAUCAAGAAGCUGGAGACAAUUCAAGAUGAAUUUGAGGGAGGAAAUGUGAAGAUUGUUUCAGAACACCAGCAAGGUUUUUCACAUCUGAUUUUUGCUGGAUCAGACAUUAUGUUGUGUCUGAACUUUAAUGAUCCACUUCUCCAAGUCCAUCUCAAAGCUCUGCGAUAUGGAACAGUACCAAUCGAACUUAACCGCAAAACCACCGGGUUUAGCGACUCGACGUUUGGGAACAUGUCUUUAAGCCAAGCUUUGGACCUUAUAAAGAAGAAUCCAAAGUUGUGGAACUUAAAGAUAAUGGAAGCAAUGGAGAAAGACUUGUGUUGUGACAUCCAUGUCUCUGCAUAUACUUCCAUUAAGAACUUGUGA